CCCAGCACGCAGAGAGCACCAUCGUUUCUUCCUGGCGGCUACUCCAUUCACAGAUUCCUGUGAUCAGCAGCUUUCAAGCCUGCACGGCCAUCCCCCACCUCUCCAGCCGCGUCCAGUCAGUCCGGGCCACUGCGAGCUUCGUCGAAAUAUCUCCUGUCUGCCUUUCCAACUCUCAUCUCCCCCCUCCCACCUCCUCGUCUGUCUUCUAAACAUGUCUGCAUUCGCUAUUCCAGCACGGACCGGUCUUAGACGAGCCACCAGCAGCGUGAUAGUUCAUGCCAGGCAAUGUGACGCUGCCACAGCGCUCGCAAACCUGAGCUUGAGUCGCUCGAUCGCCUCGUCCGAACUGUCUUGCCCUUCAUCUUCGAAGAGCGUCUUCACAUCAAACACGAGCUCACGCAACAUGUCCAGCUCCGUCAUCCUGUCAGCACCGACGGCCAGUCCUUCGACAUCCGCUUCCGUCAGCGAGACGGCUCAAACUUCUGCAGCCGAUCUGUCCGAACCCGCUCCCUCCCACGAGGCCGUUUCCGCAGCCGAGUCGAGCUCCAUCUCUUCGACCUUGCCCGUCGAAUGGACUCCCAAUUCUCGUCGCGUAGGUCUCAUAGCGUUCAAAAGGGGCAUGACGACAUUUUUCCUGUCAGAUGGAACAUGCGUACCCGCCACGCUACUUCAGGUCGCUUCGAAUCAGAUCUCGGCUCAUAUCGGCUUGGACCCCGCCAAGGAUGGAACUCCCGCAAACGCGUACACUGCUCUGCAGGUCGCUGCUGUCGACGCUAAAGCACACACAGUGACUGCUCAGAUCAAGGGUCACCUCCGCAAAGCCGACAUUGGCCCGAAGAAGGUCAUCAAGGAGUUCAAGAUCACCAAGGAUGCCGUGGUACCGCUCGGAGCAUACUUGUCAGCUCACCACUUUGUACCCGGUCAGCACAUCGAUGUGACGGCCACCACGCGAGGCAAAGGUUUCCAAGGUCCCAUGAAGCGUCACGGAUUCAAAGGUCUGAGGGCCUCACACGGUGUGUCUAUCAGUCACAGGUCGCACGGAAGUACGGGUCAGCAUCAAGAUCCAGGUCGAGUAUUCCCAGGCAAAAAGAUGGCAGGAAGAAUGGGUGGUAAUCACGUUGCUACGGUGCACAAUUUGCAAGUUUUGCGAGUGGACGAUCGUACAGGGACAAUACUGGUCAAGGGCAACGUGCCAGGUCCCGACGGCGCUACAGUCUCGUUGAGGGACGCCAUCCGAGCACUGGUGGGCAAAGCUGCAAAUGCUUACAAGAGCGGCAGGCUCUUGGAUGGCUCCUUGGCUACGGGCAAGGAGAGCCAAGACGUCUACCUGCCUGGAGAUAUCCAGAAAUUGCCCUUUCCAGCUGCUACGCGCGACGUUGCUCAGCAUUGGCCGGCGGUAGUCGAAAUCGGAUCCAAGGCACCCUAGCGCGCCCGAUACAUUCAAUGCAGCAGAAGAGCACACAACCGCUUGUACUCUAAAAUGUCAUGCAUUCGAGGUCG